AUGGAGGCCACGUGGUGGCCACGAGGUCGGAGGUCACAUGGUGGCCACGAGGUCGGGGACCACGUGAUCGGUGGCCACGUGGUCGGAGGUUUUAGUGGUCGGGGGCCACGUGGUCGGGAGUCCAAUUUGUCGGGGGACCACGUGGUCGGGGGUGCAAGUGGUCGUAGGCAAUGUGGGGGCCACGUGGGGUUCACGUGGGGGUCACGUGGAGGCCACGUGGUCGGGAGUCCAAAUGGUCGGGGGCCACGUGGGGCCACGUGUGGGCCACGUAGGGUCCAUGUAGUCGGGGACCACGUGGUCGGGGGUCACGUGGUCGGGGGUCACGUGGUCGGGGGUCACGUGGUCGGGGGCCACGUGGUCGGGGGUCCAAGUUUUCGGGGGACCAUGUGGUCGAGAGUCCAAGUGGUCGUGGGCCACAUGGAGCAACGUAGGGGCCAUGUGGGGAUCACGUGGGGGCCACGUGGUCGGGGGCCACGUGGUCGGGGUCCAU